UUCCUGACAAAUAUAAAAAUGGAAAUUUUAUUGGGCCAACCAUUUUGUCUAAUGUUACUAUAGAUAUGGAUUGUUACAAAGAGGAAAUAUUUGGACCAGUCCUUGUUUGUUUAGGCGUUGAUACAUUAGACGAAGCAAUUGACUUGAUCAACAAAAAUCCUUAUGGAAAUGGAACAGCUAUUUUCACAAAUAAUGGAAGCAACGCUCGAUAUUUCAUACAUAAUAUUGAAGUCGGACAAGUUGGCAUUAAUGUACCUAUUCCUGUUCCUUUGCCGAUGUUUUCAUUCACUGGAAAUCGCGCUUCUAUCCAAGGAGAUGUUAAUUUUUAUGGAAAAUCUGGUUUACAAUUUUAUACACAAUAUAAAACGGUAACUGCCUUAUGGAGACAUGAAGAUGUAAAUCAUACAAAAUCUGCUGUUAAUAUGCCUACAAUGUAUUAA